UCUUCUCUCUUUUUCAUGGCUUCUACCUUCCACAAAAGGCAUAUCCAAUCCAUUCUUUAAUAAUCAAUCAAAUGUUGUUUAAAAAAAGAACCAUGAACAUUGGGGUCCUACUUUAUAAAUAUUCAUUUAGUUUGUUUAUUUGAUUUGGAUUCACUGAGAAAUACAUGUAUACUCUCCAUUCUCCACCUGCUUCUUUCUUUUCUGCUUGAAUAAUCCAUGUCUUUCUUUCUUGGUUCCAUGAUGCUGUUGUUUUUUUAGCUGAUUUUCAAUUAUUUUAAAGUUAAUUGAAGGGGGCAAAAAAAAAAAAGCUUACUUCUGUUUUGGGAAGUAACAUUAAUGGGUGAACAAUUGGGGCAGCUCAAAAUCAUAGUGGUGCAAGGGAAGAAGUUGGUGAUCCGGGAUUUCAAGAGCAGUGAUCCUUAUGUUGUCCUCAAACUAGGCAAUCAGACAGCAAAGACCAAAGUCAUUAACAGCUGCUUGAAUCCUGUUUGGAAUGAAGAGCUGAAUUUCACCCUCACUGAACCUUUGGGAGUUCUGAAUUUGGAAGUGUUUGAUAAAGAUCUUUUGAAAUCUGAUGACAAGAUGGGAAAUGCAUUCCUCAACCUUCAACCAUUGGUCUCUGCAGCUAGAUUAAGAGAUAUCUUAGGAGUCUCAUCAGGUGAAACAACAUUAAGGAAGGUCAUACCUGACAACGAAAACUGCCUCGUCCGCGAAAGCAGUAUCAAUUGCGUAAAUGGCGAGGUUGCGCAGAAUGUUUGGUUAAGGCUGCGCGGGGUGGAGUCCGGCGAGGUAGAAUUGACCAUCAAGUUGGUCAAAAAUGUUACCACCAAAACAUAGCUAGUGCAGAAUUUGCAAGUGGGCAUAUCAAGAGUACCAACUCUUCUAACAAGAUCAUAAUUUGUAAAAAGAUUUAUAUGUUUGUGUAGUUAAAUAAUGGUUUUGAUUAAUUCCUUUUGAUUUAUAGAUGCAGAUUCAAUUGUAAGUUAGCAGCUAGUGUGAUAGAUAUGAACCAGUUGUGAUAUAUGUAUGGCUUAUUCAGUCUGUAUUAUGGUGUGCUUUCUUUUUCUUUUGUUGUAAUGUGGUCCUUACUUUAGUAUCUAAACUUUUUUUGAGUUGGAUUUGUUGUU